AUGGCUCAUAUGGCAAGGACACUGGCCAGGACAACACGACUCUUCCUUAUAAACACACCGCGUAUUAGAUUAGUGCAGAAAGUACCACCACUUUAUAAGAGCACUCACUUCUGUCAGAUAUCCUCUAACUCAUUGGUCCAUCCCUUCUGCAGCAGUGCCAGUGAGUCAAGUGAUGCCUCACAGUCCUUGGGGAAGGUCAAUCCUCAGCUCAAGCUGGUGUACACUUGCAAGGUGUGCAGCACCAGGCAGACCAAGUACAUCUCCCAGCUGGCAUACAAGAAGGGUGUGGUGAUUGUGACCUGUGAGGGCUGUGCAAAAAACCACUUAGUAGCUGAUAACCUUGGCUGGUUUUCUGAUCUUGAUGGAAAAAAGAACAUAGAGGAGAUUCUGGCAGCAAGAGGUGAGGUGGUGAGGAGGGGCAUUGUUGCCUCAUAUGGUAUGACAGAGUCUGAGGGUGCAUCAUAUGGCAGUAAGGAAGACAAUCUUGAAGAAGAGGAAGCCAAGGGUGCUCAGGCUGCCUGGAGUGCUGCUCAGGACACUCUCAGACAGAUGGCUGAGGAUGUUGAGGUCCCAGGUACAGACACAGAUAAGACUCAAGUGCACCGGAAGAAAUAAUUACUUCCAAGUUGUUAGGAGUGAAGAAAAGUGGUUAAACUUAUCACAGAAAAGACUGAAUUAUCACAGCUUAAGUGUAUUCCUUAACACUCUUAAUUGUAUGUAGAAAAAAGGAGGGAUUCAGAUACCAGAAUAAAGCAAAGACAUAUGUGAACCUAUUCAUGUGUAAAGAUAGAUAUGGAGACCAAUGUUGUAUUAGUGCUACUGGUGGGACUGCCAGGAUCAGGCAAGACUACACUCUGCAGGGCACUGAAGGCACACCAUGAAGAGCACCACAACAGUGGGAGGCUGGUGGUGAUUCAUUUAUGUUAUGAUGACCUGAUUCCACUGUCUGUUCAGAGAGAGUUUGCAGAGCAGAAGAGGACUGAAGGCCAAUGGUAUGGUGAAGAUCUGAAAGGAAUCAAAGGGGAGGAAGGGGAGGAGAAGAGUUGCAAGGUGAACGACAUGAAGGGUAGUAAGGACAGAGAAGAGGAUAAGGAUGGUGAAGACAGUGUGACGAAUGGUAUCGGUGAUGACUGGAAGAGUGCACGACGCAAGGUUCACACCCAGGUUGACUGGUUUGUCCAGUACCUAACCACUGGUAAGGCUGAGUCAGGGGUUGAAAAUUUCUUUAAUGUUUCACUUGAAGAAUUAAGAAGUGGUUCUAAAUAUGUAAUUCUCUUGGAUGACAACUUUUACUACAGAAGCAUGAGGUAUGAAUACUUCCAGCUUGCCCGCAGGCACAGUGCAGCAUUCUGCCAGCUGUACCUACACUGUAGCAUGGAGGAAGCUGUACUGCACAAUGACAUGAGGGAGGAGAGAGUGCCGACAGGUGUGGUGACAGCCAUGGCAGAGCGGCUGCAGGCCCCACAGGCACACCUGCACCCAUGGGAAGCCAACACCUGUGUACUGAAUACAGGUGUGGGACAGGUGUCUGAGGCUUUGGAUGCCAUUAUCCAAUCCUUCCAGCAGGGCCUCACCCCCCUUCAGGACAGAGAGCAGGAGGUGGCUGAGGCUCGGCGGCGCUGCUCUGAGAGUGUGGUUCACCAGGCAGAUCUUUGCCUCAGAGCCAUAGUAAAGCACCUGGUAAAAGAGCAGUUGCAGCAAGUGGACAAGAGAAGCAGCCCAGCCUCCCAGGUAGCUGCACACAUCAAUGCAGCUCGGCAGGCAGUGCUGGCCAGCCUGAGAUCAGGAGCAGAGGUGCCACACCACCUGGCUGAGGCCAUCACCCAAGACAACAAGCAUGAGUUUGAGACAUUUUUGGAGGCUGAAAUGAAGAAGAUUAUUUCAGAAUAACUUACUUCAAGUUUUACCUAAGGAACGAGGUAUUAUGUGUUAUCAGAUUUUAUUGAAUUCUAUGAAUGGUUUCUCCACUAGAUGUCAAGAAAGAGAAGCAUUGAUUAAACAGUGAGACAAAAGCCCAAGUCCAUCUUGGCAGUUGAUGUGGAAUAAAUUCAAAUAAAAUAAUGUAGAGUUAUUAACAGUAGUGAAAACAGGUGCUCUGCCUGUGAAGAGAACACUUGGCACAGAGGGUGUGCAGAUGUAAAUAAUUGUAAGACCAAGACCACAGGAUUUGUACAUUAUGAACCAGUAAAGGUGGAAAAAUCAUAAA